UGCCGCUGCUAAAACUGGGACCACAGGUGCCCGAGCAUCGGCGGUGAGUAUCCACUCGUCGCACAUUGCACCGGACGCACAAGGGCUGCUAUCGCCUGGUCCGAGCCGUCCCAGUAAAGGUGCCGUAAAGUCCAAUGGUAGUAAGCCCAAAGGCACGAUAAGUAAGGGCGCUGAUUCAGAGAAAACGAUUACUAAGCCUGCGAGAAGUAAGAGUGUGGGUGAAGUGCUUCUCACGCCACAAGCACAGGAUAAAGGGCACUCGCGACCCAAAUCUCCCAAUGCACGCGCCAAUGAGAAGUUACACACUAAUCAGAAUAUCACCCAUAAACACGCCCACACACACGCCCCACCCCCGCGCAGGUCUAUCAAUCGCUCGAUCAGUAAUGAUACGGGCGGAGACACACCGUCAAUUAGCAGCAGUGCUAUGCAUGCCAAUAGUGGCCCGAGCUUUAGCGUGGGUAAUGGAAUGGGUAUGGGUUUGGCUCGGGGCUCGACGGCGUCGGUGAUUUCUGCUGCGGCCGAUGAUAUGGCCAUGUGUUUUGUGACGGAAGCACGUAGAGGAUCCGCGAACAUAGCGCUGCAGAACACUGAGGGAAUGGAGGCCAUUGGCGUUGGAGUGCAUGCCAUGAACCACUGCACAGUGUGCGGGUCGCCCAUCUCCAUCUGUAUAAUCGACAAGGAACGGGGUAAAUGCACCUUAGUUAAAUCGCAGUCAAAUCCAGACCCGUCGUCAGACGAUAUAAAAAUUGAGCCAAAAGGUAUAGCUAUCACUGGCGGAAGAGUCGAAGAUGCGUGUAAGUGUGCCGUGCCUGUGCCUGGACCAGCCCCCGUGGAUUCGCACCAGAUCUUGGACGAUAAAGCUCACGAGAACAUUCUCAUACAAACAGAUGGAGGGACAGACACGCCUGCGCAGGCGUACAACAGCGGAUCGACUGAGCAGGUGGCACUGAAAAGCAGCACCGACCAGGAUAAAUCACGCACAAACGUGUACACAAAUUUUGAUGCUUCUGUUUCCAAUAGCAUGUCACGAACGAUGGAAGUGGAGAUGGCGAAGGAGCACGUGCUAGCCGGUGCGGACGAGGACAGUGUUACAGGAGCCCAAUACAUUAAUGCGCGCUAUGACAGUAUAAAAGUAAACUCACCCACACCCACGGCUUCACAAGCCUCUGUAGAUCCACAGUCAAUGGAAAAUACAGGGUUGCUGACCUCGCAGAAGGCGGCGGUGAAAGUGGGUGAAAGGUUGGACGAAGAAGCCGUGCUGAAGUCUGACAACGAACAAAGUCUCAAGAAGAGUGACGGCGCGUUACCACAUAUGCCAGCUGAAUCAGAUUCUCGACACUCCAGAAGGAGCAUGAUCUCGAUCUAUAAACCAUCCGCGAAGAAACGAGUGCUCAAAAAGUUCUUCGAUUACAAACGAGUCACGGCCAAUGUCUUCCAACCGCCACGGCUGAUCCAUUCGUACGACAAUAGUCAACACGAUUUAGAGGUCAAGGCUGGGUGGACUGAAUUGUUCUACGAUCUGGUGUAUAUCGGCGCCUUUAUCAGGUAGGCGAGGUUGUAUCUGGAUGUAUUCAUCAAUUUAUCUUAUUUCAAAUGUGCAUAA